GUUCGGGUGCGCACACGGAGCGUCUGCCGGCCGCCCGCUCGGGAGGGGGAGGGGAAUCUCCCGCCAUUUUUCAAUCCUCCCGCCCGGUCCCACCGCCGCUGCCGGGGCCGUUGGGUGCCGCCGCCGGGGCCGGCCGGGCCCCCGCCCUCCUCGCCAUGGCGCCGCUUCUGGGCCGUAAGCCCUUCCCGCUCGCCAAGCCACUGCCGCCCGGGGAGCUGGGCGAGCGCUUCGUCGUGCCGCACACGCAGGAGGCCUUCCGCACCCGCGAAGAGUACGAGGCGCGGUUAGAGAGAUACAACGAACGAAUAUGGACAUGUAAAAGCACAGGAAGCAGCCAGCUGACGCACAAAGAAGCCUGGGAGGAGGAGCAGGAAGUUGCUGAGCUCCUGAAGGAAGAAUUCCCCAUCUGGUAUGAAAAAUUGGUACUGGAAAUGGUGCACCAUAACACAAUCUCUUUGGAAAAGCUGGUAGAUGCAGCCUGGUUGGAGAUCAUGACCAAGUAUGCAGUGGGUGAAGAGUGCGACUUUGAGGUUGGGAAGAAGAUGCUUCCAGUGAAAGUUGUAAAAAUACAUCCAUUAGAGAAGCUGGAUGAGGAGGCUUCUGAGAAAAAGUCUGAUGGUGUCUGUGACUCUCCAUCCAGUGACAAAGAGAAUUCCAGCCAGAUUUCCCAGGACAACCAGAAGGAGUCAAUCCUGAAGGAGGAUGACAACAGGAGGGAGAGUAUGAGUGAUCGGGCACGCAGAUCCCCUCGGAAGCUUCCCACUUCUCUGAAGAAGGAAGAGAAGAAAUGGGUUCCACCUAAAUUCCUGCCACACAAGUAUGAUGUCAAACUGAAAAAUGAAGAAAAGAUAAUUAGCAAUGUGCCAGCCGAUAGCUUAGUCCGUACUGAACGUCCUCCCAACAAGGAGAUCCUGAGGUAUUUCAUCCGUCAUAAUGCACUGCGGGCUGGCACAGGCGAGAAUGCCCCAUGGGUGGUAGAGGAUGAGUUAGUGAAGAAAUAUUCUCUCCCCAGUAAAUUUAGUGACUUUCUACUUGAUCCACAUAAGUACAUGACACUCAAUCCCUCAACCAAGAGGAAGAACUCUGGGUCACCUGACAGAAAGCCCUCCAAGAAAUCCAAAACUGAUGGGUCUUCACUGGGCCAGCCACUGAGCCCUACACUCUGGUGUCACGUGCAUUUGAAGAAAUCCAUUAUUGGCUCUCCACUAAAAGUGAAAAACUCUAAGAACCCCAAAUCUCCCAAGGAGGAGUUGGAGGAAGUGAUGAAAAUUGUGUCUCCAGGUAAACUGGGCUCUAAUUUCCAUGUACCGAAGAGGAGUAGACUGGGAAAGGGCACUGAUAAAUCCUUGGAUAAGAAGCAGAAAGGAAAAAGGGUUCUGAAUGGACAGAAAUCUCCUGGGAAGUCAAAGUCCCCCCGAAAGGGUUUGAAAAAUCCCAAAAUGAAAAUGAAACAAAUGACACUAUUGGACAUGGCCAAAGGUACUCCUAAGGUGUCUAGGACUCCCAGGAACUCAGCAGGGACUCCCAGGUCCUCCAACAAACCCCAGAAACAUCUGCCUCCUGCUGCCCUCCACCUCAUUGCCUAUUACAAGGAAAACAAAGACCGGGAGGAUAAAAAAAGUGCUCUGUCCUGUGUCAUCUCCAAAACCGCCCGGCUGCUCUCCAAUGAGGACCGUGCCCGCCUUCCCGAAGAGCUGCGAGGAAUAGUACAGAAGCGCUAUGAACUCCUCGAGCACAAAAAGAAAUGGGCAUCCAUGACAGAGGAGCAGCGCAAAGAAUACCUGAAGAAGAAACGGGAGAAGCUGAAGGAGAAACUAAAGGAGAGAGCUAAAGAGCGGAAGGAAAAGGAGAUGCAGGAAAAACUGGAAAAGCAGAAGAGGUUUGAGGACCAAGAUCUUAAAGGGAAAAACUUGCCAGCUUUUAGGUUGGUGGAUACUCCAGAAGGACUUCCCAAUACACUCUUUGGGGAUGUGGCGGUGGUGGUAGAAUUCCUCAGCUGCUAUUCAGGAUUGUUGAUGCCAGAUGAUCAAUACCCCGUAACAGCAGUCUCUUUGAUGGAAGCCCUGUGUGCAGAGAAGGGGGGCUUUCUUUAUUUGAACCGGGUGUUGGUCAUUCUUCUGCAGACCUUGCUGCAGGAUGAAAUAGCUGAAGAUUAUGCUGAGUUGGGAAUGAAGCUCUCUGAAAUACCCCUUACUUUGCAUUCCGCUUCUGAGCUGGUACGUCUGUGUCUACGCAAGUCAGAUGUACAGGAGGAAAGUGAGGUUUCUGAUACUGUAGAUGAGAGCAAGGAUUCAGCCACUUUUGAAGAUAAUGAGGUACAGGAUGAGUUUCUGGAGAAGCUGGAGACAUCGGAGUUCUUUGAGCUGACACCAGAGGAGAAGCUGCAGAUACUCACAGCACUCUGCCACCGGAUUCUGAUGACUUACUCGGUGCAGGACCAUGUGGAGACCAAACAGCAGAUGUCAGCUGAGCUAUGGAAGGAGCGUCUAGCCAUGCUGAAAGAAGAGAAUGACAAGAAGAGAGCAGAAAAGCAGAAGCGGAAAGAAAUGGAGGCCAAGAACAAGGAGAAUGGGAAAGAUGAGAGCGCAGUGGGCAGGAAUGAAAAGAAGAAAAACGAGAUGAUGAAGAUGGAGCCCCGGGUGGAAAUAGAAGCUGAUGAUAUGAUCAGUGCUGUGAAGAGCAGGCGACUUCUUGCCAUCCAAGCCAAGAAGGAGAAGGAGCAACAGGAGAGGCAAAUGAGAGUGAAAAUGGAGAAAGAAGCAGAAGAAGAGAGAAUCCGGAAACACAAAGCUGCAGCUGAGAAGACUUUCCAAGAUGGAAUUGCCAAAGCUAAGCUGGUGAUGCGUAGGACACCAAUAGGCACUGAUCGUAAUCACAACAGGUAUUGGCUGUUCUCAGAUGAGGUUCCUGGCUUAUUCAUAGAGAAAGGCUGGGUACAUGACAGCAUAGACUACAAGUUCAUCCUUCCCCAUCAAAAGAGGGGUGAAGAGGAGGAUGACUACAACCUAGUGGAUAAACGGAAGAGCUUGGGUGCAGCUGGCAGAGUGAACACUCAUCAUGGAUCUCUGCACGUUACAGACCUUUUCAUAGAGACCACUGUACCCAAACAGGGACAAAACUUAUGGUUUCUCUGUGAUAGCCAGAAGGAGCUGGAUGAGCUGCUGGAUUCCCUGCAUGCCCAAGGGAUAAGAGAGAGUCAGCUGAGGGAGCGGCUGCAGAAAAGAUAUCAGGAUGUUGCACAUUCUAUCCAUUUGGCUCGGAAACAGAACCUGGGCCUGAAGUCCUGUGAUGGCAAUCAGGAGCUGCUGAACUACCUCAGAAGUGAUCUCAUUGAGGUUGCCACACGGCUGCAGAAAGGAGGGCUGGGAUAUGUUGAUGUGACGUCAGAGUUUGAAACCAAGGUGUAUUCAUUGGAGAACUUGAAAGAUUUUGGAGAGUGUGUGAUUGCCCUCCAGGCCAGCGUCAUUAAAAAGUUCCUACAAGGUUUCAUGGCCCCCAAGCAGAAGAGAAGGAAACAUCAAGGAGAUGACUCUCUUGCCAAGGCUGAGGAGGUUGAUGAAGAGAAGAAAAUGGCAGAAGAAGCCAAGGUUGCAUCAGCCGUGGAGAAGUGGAAGGCAGCCAUUCGCGAGGCUCAGACCUUUUCCCGUAUGCAUGUGCUGCUUGGGAUGCUGGAUGCCUGUAUCAAGUGGGAUAUGUCUGCAGAGAACGCCAGAUGCAAAGUGUGUCGCAAGAAAGGUGAAGAUGACAAGCUGAUCCUAUGUGAUGAGUGCAAUAAAGCCUUCCACCUGUUUUGCCUGAGACCAGCACUCUAUGAGAUACCAGAUGGCGAGUGGCAGUGCCCAGCGUGCCAGCCCUCUACUGCCAGGCGCAGCUCUCGGGGCAGGAAUUAUGCAGAAGAUUCUGCUGAAGAGGAGAGUGAAGAAGGUGAGGAAGGUUCUGAUGAGCAAGACGCUGAGGAAGAAGAGGAGGAGGAAGAAGAUUAUGAGGUUGCUGGACUGAAAUUGAGACCCAGGAAGACAGCCAGGGGCAAGCAACGCAUGUCUACAUAUCCUUUAAGGCAGGGCAGGCACCAAAGGAAGAAGCAAUUGCUGCACACCACCAGGGGACCCCGGCAGCGGGCCACACCUGUUAAUGGAGCAGACGUUGAUGAACUGGUGCUUCAAACAAAGAAGGUGUCACGUCGCCAGAACCUUGAGCUGCAGAAGUGUGAGGAAAUCCUCAACAAACUCAUUAAGUACCGCUUCAGCUGGCCUUUCAGGGAGCCAGUGACCACAGAGGAAGCUGAAGAUUAUUUUGAGGUCAUCAGCAACCCCAUGGACUUCCAGACUAUGCAGAGCAAGUGCUCCUGUGGCAAUUACCGCUCUGUGCAGGAGUUCCUCUCUGACAUCAAACAGGUGUUCUCCAAUGCUGAGUGCUACAAUCAGAACGGGAGCCAUGUAUUGUCCUGCCUGGAGAAGACGGAACAGUGUUUGAUUGACAUGCUGCACAAACACCUGCCUGGCCACAUGUACACCCGUAGGAAACGCAAGAAGCUGCCCGCCAGACGCCAGGGACUGGAAGAGCAGGAGGGGGACAGUGAGCCGGAGGCCAUUGAACAUUCCAGGGGGCGGAAGAGAAAGAAAUGAGGGACAGGGAGACGAAGGGGAGAGACAGAGCUGGAGCAGGCAUAGUGGUGCUGCUGGGCAGCAGGAGUGGCUGGCUGAAGGGAGCUAGGAAGCAGCAGAUACUUCUUUACUAAUCCAGCCUUUCCUUUGACUGGUUCUAGAUUUAAUUUUUCUGUAACUUCUGGAAGUAUUUGGUCAUCCCUCAGGUUUGCAGAGAUGACUUACUGCUUCCAGCAAAAUACACACAACUCUUAUGGGAUGGUCCUGUCAAGAACGGUGGGAGGGCAAAGACCAGGGCAAGAGAAAGAACUGGCCGAGGCCUCAUUGGACAGAGGAGUGUGAAGCCUACAACAUUUUGGGGCAUGGGUGGCUUUCUCAGAAUGGAGCUGCUUCCCUUCCC